AAAUUAACCGAAUUAUUAUUAGAAGAAAAGCGCUUGGCCGAACCAGAAGAGAAACGUUCUGCGGAAGCCGCCCCCGUCGCCAAUGCAUAUUAUAAUCCAUACUAUAAUCCAUAUGUUCCUGGUUAUGUUUAUAAAAUAGGCUACGAACACAAACGUUCCGCCGAUGCAUAUUAUAAUCCAUACUAUAACCCAUAUGUUCCUGGUUAUGUUUAUUAUGACCACAAACGUUCCGCCAAUGCAUAUUAUAAUCCAUACUAUAACCCAUAUGUUCCUGAUUAUGUUUAUAGUAAAGCCCACAAACGUUCUGCUGAUGCUGAUGCUCACAAAGAGAAGCGUUCAGCUGAUGACGAUGACGAAGUUGAUG